CCUGGUCACGUGCACGGUGGGCGGUCCCGGAAGCGGCCCGCGGCCCAGUCAGAAUGCACCACGAGCCGUUGCCUCGGUGAUAUAAAGCGCAUGCGCGCAGCGCGGGCUCACAGCGCCACGUCCCGUACACCGGAUCCGUCACGAUGCGCCCCGUACUCGCCCUGUGCCUGCUCGCCCUGCUCGGAGCCCGCGCCGACAUCGCGGAGGAGAACGACGUGCUGGUGCUGAGGAAGGACACGUUCGACCAGGCCCUGCAGGCGCACAAAUACCUUCUGGUGGAAUUCUGUGAGUGUUCCAGGGCAGUGAGAGCCAGGCCUCGGAGGGUCCCCGGGCUGGCCUGCUCCCCCACACCGCUCUCCGGGGCCCCUCGGGCGGACACUGAGUCCCUCCCUCCCCCGGUCUGAGCCAAAGCGCUCUCAGCCAAUGGGCGCGCGAGUUGGUGGCAGGCAGCCAAUCAGCGCCAGGGGGCGUGGCCGGCGGCUUGGGCUGGGUUUUAUAAGUUUGGUUGACGUGUACUUGGCGGCGUAGGCAUGUCCCCCCUCCCCCUUAUACCACAACUACUGCAGGUCCCUCCCCCCCUUAUACCACAACUACUGCAGGUCCCCCCCUUAUACCAUAACUACUGCAGGUCCACCCUUAUACCAUAACUACUACCCCUCCCCCACUGUGUACUAUAACUACUACCCCCCUACUGCAGGCCCCCUUAUACCAUAACUACUGCAGGCCCCUUUUAUACCAUACCACUGCAGGCCCCCUUAUACCCUAUGCCUAUACCAUAACUACUGCAGGUCCCUCCCUUAUACCAUAACUACUGCAGGUCUCCUUAUACCAUAACUACCUGCCAACCACUGCAGGCCCCCUAUAUACCAUAACCACUGCAGGUCCCCUCCUAUACCAUAACUACUACCCCUCCCCCACUGUGUACUAUAACUACUGCAGGUCCCCACUUAUACUAUAACUUCUACCCCUCCCUCAGCCUGUCCCCUAUACUAUAAGUACAUGUCCCCCUUUUACUAUAACUACUCCUCCUCCCCAGCUUGCCUUAUACUAUAACUACCACCCUUCCAACUACAGGGCCCCUUAAACUGUACCUCUUAUACUAAAACUACAAUACCUCCUCCAGCUACAGGGCCCCUGUAACUACCACCCCUUCCCUCAAUUACAGGACCAUGUCCUCCCUGAAUCUGCUACUUAUACUAUAAAUUACUUCUCCUUCAACUACAGGGCUAUGCUCCCUUGUAUUAUAGCUACCACCCCUCUCUGAACUACUAGUCUGUCCAAUAUGAAACUGCUCCCCUUAUAUUAUACCUUCCUACCCCUCCAACAGAAACUCCCUCCUGAAAAACUGCCACCUUUUGUAGUGUACCUUCCAACCCUAACUAAUUCCCCUAUGUAGUAUAACUCCCAUUUUCCCCAGGUCCCCUUUGAAACUGCACCCCUUCCAUGUCCCCCUAAAACUGCCCUUUCUGCCAUACCCGUGUGCAGUGUUUGGGUCAUUUCCCCCCAUGAUACUGGCCCCCUUGUAGUAUACUUCCACACUGUCACCCUUAAAACAGCCCGUCUUGAAAUAUACCUUACCAUCCCUUCCCUAAGUGCCUAAAACUGCCACCCUUCUACUAUAACUCCCGACACUGACACCUUGUACUAUACAUCCCCACUGAUGCUGAAUGUGUUGAGUUAGACAUGUGGCCUAUGAAACUGCUCCCCUUAUGGAAUACUCCGUCAGGUGCCCCCUUGUAGUAUACCUACUAACCCUUCCCCAAGUGCCAUGUCCUCCUUGAAACUGCUAUUCUUCUACUAUAUUGACCCAAACUGCCCCCUUGUACUAUAACUCUCAAAAGUGCACGACACUGUCCCCUAAAUCUGUCAUCAAUCAUGCCUGCUGUCAUAGCCUUACAAUUUAAUGUUUGAUAUUGUUAAAGUAAUGCUGUCUUCACCCAUUUUUAGAUCCAGCAGUUACCCCAGCUGUUCCAGACCUCCAACUAGUAUUAGUUUUGUCAAAUCAGCAUUGGAGCUGGAACAGUCUUGUCCACCCCUAGAGUAAGGGGUUGUGUAGGGUAUGUUAGAAUUUGCGGUAUGUAUUAUUAAACCCAGUACUUUUAUUUAUUUAUUGGACCUAUUUCAGGUAGCACUAACUUCCCAUUUAAUGCUAAUUGUGAUGGUGAAAUUAAUAGAUGGCUAAUCUGGCACUCUUGUCAACUAGCUGAACAGCUUACAUGCCAAAAGUAUCAGCUAUAGUAGUUGGUCAUAAACUGCUGCUUUGCUUGAUCAAUUGUGGAAACUCGUGUGUUCUUGUUUCUUGAAAUACAAAAUUACUGGAGUUCAAAGUAACAGAUUGUAUUUCUGGUGUAUGCCAUGUAGCUUGUAUGAGCAUUUGAACCUGUGUCUACAUGUUGCACGGAUCCUUGUCCAUGGAUGCUCACAACGUUGUUACUCUAUAUUGGCACCAGUGGGAGGUCGUGGUCUACUUUUGGUCCUAGCGUUCUAUGCAUUAAUAGGAGAGGGCUAUUGUACCUAUUAGAACAUGCUCCAGAUAUGCUUUCAGUAGAUUUCUAAGGGAGUCAUUAGGACUGGGGUUGUGUGCAUCAGUCUUUCUAUAGCUUGAUGGAAUGUCUGGCAUGUGGUACAGUGUUGGCAGCCUGGAAAUAUAGGUCCUUUAAUAGAGCACCUCAUUGGUAAAGGAAAGCACAGCAGGGAGUGAAAAAUGCAAACUUGUUCGUAACAUGCACAUCUGUUUUGGGUAACUUUGUAAUGAACAUGCAAGUAUUGAUUGUGAACCUAGAUCAGAUGCUUGUUGGUUUUCCAGUUCUCAGUGAAACCUUUAGUGGCAGUUGAACUUUGCUUCCUGCAGGAAUGCCCAACAUGUUCUAUGGCUGUACAAAGAAUAUUGUGUAAUCAGGUCUGAGAUAAAAUGCUUAGUCCCCACCCCAUAUUAAUCAUAAUCCUGUAACUUGCAACAUGACAGCUGAUAUGAAAUGAGUGACUUACUAUGCUUGGUAAAGGGCAUUUUUAAAAUGUCUGUGUGCAAUUUGCAGAUGCCCCUUGGUGCGGUCACUGCAAGGCAUUGGCACCAGAGUACGAGAAGGCAGCUGGAAUUCUAAAAGGAGAUGGAUCAGAGAUACGAUUGGGCAAGGUGGAUGCCACAGAAGAGGCAGACUUGGCACAGGAGUUUGGUGUUAGAGGCUAUCCAACAAUCAAAUUCUUCAAAAAUGGAGACAAGAAGUCACCCAAAGAAUAUUCAGGUAAUUAUGUUUCUUUUAAUUUAUUUUGAGUUAAUUUUAGACAUCUUUAUAUGCAUCAGUGUAAAUGGCUUGUGAAUGCUCUUUAAAGGGUCCUGUUAAAGCUUCUGAUUUAAGACCAAGCCUGGGUAGAGUCUUUGUAAGUAAAUUCUGAUUUAUGUGGAUUUGUAAUGCCCAUCUGGUUCUGAUGCAGCUGGCAGGGAGGCGCCGGACAUUGUCAACUGGCUGAAGAAGCGUACGGGUCCAGCUGCCACAACAUUGAGUGAUGAAGCAGCUGUGACUGCUCUUGUGGAUGCCAACGAAGUUGCGGUUAUUGGUUUCUUUAAGGUAUGGAAUUAAACACAAUUUCGAUGGGGGGGGGGGGUCUUAAAUAAAUGGGGUUUGUAGUUCUAAGACAGCGGGGAUUCUGCUUUUGGGUUCACCUGUUCUAUAUGAGUCUUUAGGAGUUUAGCUUGCUAAAUGGUUCCAGAAUAGAUCAAAUCCACAAAUAUACUGUAAAACCUUCCAAGACCAUAACCACUAAAGCUUGUUAUUAAACCUGGAAGGAAGUUACAAGUGCUGCAUGAUUUGACCUUCACGUUGGUUAGCUAUUUUAGCUGUCUUAAUAGACUUAAUCGUAGGGAAAGCUUUAACCUACAUGCAUUCCUGACCCUAUAGUGUUAAACACAAUCUAGCCCCCAUUGCCCCUCCUAAUAUAGUAAAAUCUUUCCUAUAGUCCAGUUUGCUGGUGCUGGCUCUACCCCUGAUCUGCUUCCUUGGCAGACUUCAGAAGUGACUCAGCCAAUCACAAUGAUUUGACAUAGGAAGAUUGUCAAUUCUGAUUAUCUCAGCCAAGGAGGCGGAGCCAAACACCACCCUGGCCAGUCAGCAUCUCAGAUGCACUGAAUCACUGCCUCUCUGAGGAAAACUGUGUCUCCAUGCAGAGGGUGGAAACACUGAAUGCCAGUGCUGCAGUGUGUAGAACUACUCCAGGAUGCAUCUCUAGCAGCAAUCUGAACAGACCUUUUCCUACAAAAAGCAUGCAGGGGCAGGCUAUGCUUGCCAGGACAACAUUAAGCUGUAGUUGUUUUGGGGACUAUGGUGUCCCUUCUCAGAAUGGAAUGAUAAUGGUCUGAUAGGAAUGGUCUUACAUGAUUCAGAUCUCCAGAUGUAGCAAUAACAAAUUGCUUUAAACAAAGGAGUAAUUAUGCAAAUACUGAUUGCUGACUAAGAUGGCUCCUCCCAGGAGUGGCUUUAAAAUAAUUUGAGUGAAUUAAUUAGAUGGUGGUUGCUUUUUUUCCUUUAGUGACUCACUAUACAGAACUUUAACACUGUAACUUCUUAACAUCCUGUCAUGUAGCCCAAUAUCAUGCCUGUGGAGGGUUAACUAUAUUAGACUUGUCUGAUAUUGAACCUGCAUAGAAAACUGAAGAGAGCAUUCUUGUUUCUUUCACACAGAAGAUCUGCAUGUUUAUAUUACUCAAACCAGAAGGUUUCUCCUGUGAUCCCAUGCCGAGGCAAUGUUCUCCCUAAAGCCUGAUCUUAUAUCAAAGCACAUCCACCAUUUCUGUAUGAAGUAAUGUACAUAGACUCCAAGCACCAUGACCACUUCAAAUAACUAUAGUCAUGGUGUUUGGAGUAACCCUUUAUAGGUCCAGUAAAGUAAUCCAGACCACUUCUGCCCAAUGAAGUGGUCUCGUCUCAUGAACCCUACAAUGUAAUAAAUGACCGCUUUGUAGAAAUGGUAGUGUUUACAUUGCUGUGCUCCUGAGCUAGGACUGUUCUACAGAGCAUAUCAUCCCUUCUAAUGACAUGAAGUUUUCAGCAGUAAUUGCUCUAUGGGGACAGGAACAGAUAUUUGUAUGUGUACAUGCUUCCAAAAUUGCAUACAAUGUAUAAGAUCCAGUGAUAUUUCUCAUGCAGGAUACCGAAUCUGACCUGGCAAAGGUCUUUGUGCAAGCUGCAGAAUCUGUAGACGACAUUCCAUUUGGAAUCAGUUCCAGUGAUGAUGCUUUCUCUAAAUAUGAGAUUACAAAAGAUACAAUUGUCCUCUUCAAGAAGGUGAGGUGUGAUGACAUAAGCUAGUCUGAGCAAAUUGUCUGGUUUAAUAGUUUAAGGGAAAGAAUCAAUCUUGACAAACUAGUUCUUUAUCCAGCAACUGACUCUUAAAUUUCUGUAAAAUGCCUGUCCUGCAGAUCUUAUAUGAAGCAGAACAGGGGUUGACAUUUUUGCUUUAUUGAGGACUUAAGAAAAAAGCAGAAAUAGCCCUGAAACAGGGACUAUAAAGUGUGCCCUGAAAAUAUCCAAAAAAGGGGGUAAUCCUAAAUAUACACUGGCAAAGAAAGAGAGAUCCUUGGACAAAAUGUCCAGGAUACACAGGUUGGAUAUAUCAGAGAGGACUGUUACUAAUAAAAACCAUAAAUUUUAAAAAUCAUAAACAAAAAAUAAAUAAAACAAACAUAACCCCAUAAAGAUGAAAAAAUAAAUAAAGCUCAAAGGGCUAGAAAGGGAAAACCAAAUAGAAGGGCAAUAUCAGAGGUAAUUGCUCCUAUGUGGCAUCUAUACCAUAUAAGAAUGAUCUAUAAUGUCUACUAAAUAGAACUCCCUAAUGCACAAUCUCUCAAUAAUAGUCCUAAAAGGAGUAAUAUCUGCACUAUAAAGACAUAGGCUAGAUCUGUAAAUACUCUGGUCCCAAAUGUAACAAAACUCAAGGAUUAGUAACACUAUAGGUAAAUAGUGAUCGGCACAGAUUAACAGCUAUUGGGAAAGAGUUCCCCCUACACUGUUACACAUAUUAGCCAAAGCCUUUCCACUGCUAAUCCUAUAUGUAAAGUUAUGAAAUCAUAGAGGAGGUUAAGUCCCUUACAGAGCUAUGUUUAAUAACUGCUUAAAGGACCACUCUAGGCACCCAGACCACUUCAGCUUAAUGAAGUGGUCUGGGUGCCAGGUCCUUCUAGGGUUAACCCAUUUUUUCAUAAACAUAGCAGUUUCAGAGAACGACGGGGCGGAUCGGAGGAGGCAGAGAGCUCUCCGCCCAGCGCUGGGAAAAAGGUAAGUUUAACCCCUUUCCAGAGCCGGGCGGGUGGGGGCACCCUCAGGGCACUAUAGUGCCAGGAAAACGAGUAUGUUUUCCUGGCACUAUAGUGGUCCUUUAAAUUCCCCAUAAAAUAAACCACUAAAUAAACACCCAAAAAAGAGUGCUGAAAAUAAAGGUGAUGUGGAUUUAAAAAAUCAUCCUAACGUGUUUUGGCGCUUAAACCUUUUUUUUUUUGUCUGUGCACAAGAUGACACCAGAGGUUGUCGCCACGACAACAUUUGUGUAUAGUAGGAACAGCAUAAUAAACAAUAUAUACAUAGCGUGGAACAGAGGCACAGUUUUGAUAUUACAUUAACUUGUAUAAAAUGAUGGUGCGUAGUAGGGGUCUGCAGUAAUCGUGUGGUCAGGCCAAGGUUGUUUGAGACAGUCCACAAGAGCUGUUAUAGAGCUAGUGUCCGUGUGGGUCAUGUCUAUCUAGUAGCCUGUCCUGAUCAUCCCUUCAGGCGGGGUAUGGGUAUAGGGCCGUUGCAGUUAUGUGCUACUGAUUUUGAAAGGUAAUUAUGAUGAUCACAAUCGCAUGUGGUGGGGCCAAUCAUUGGCUCCCUCUCUCUAUUGAGGGUCAUGCUGUAAGCCUCCAAUGGCGCUAGUAUGAGUCCCCCUUAUUGGGUUCUGGUGCUAUUCUCAGUGUCCUGCCAGUUUCCGCCUUUUUUUGGGUGUUUAGUGGUUUAUUUUAUGGGGAGUUUAAGCCGUUAUUAAACAUAGCUCUGUAAGGGACUUAACCUCCUCUAUGAUUUUAUAACUUUACAUAUAGGAUUAGCAGUGGAUAGGCUUUGGCUAAUGUGUAACAGUGUAGGGGGAACUCUUUCCCAAUAGCUGUUAAUCUGUGCCAAUCACCAUUUACCUAUAGUGUUACUAAUCCUUGAGUUUUGUUACAUUUGGGACCAGAGUAUUUACAGAUCUAGCCUAUGUCUUUAUAGUGCAGAUAUUACUCCUUUUAGGACUCUGUUAUUGAGAGAUUGUGUAUUAGGGAGUUCUAUUUAGUAGACAUUAUAGGCUUUAUAGAUCAUUCUUAUAUGGUAUAGACAUAGGAGCAAUUACCUCUGAUAUUGCCCUUCUAUUUGGUUUUCCCUUUCUAGCCCUUUGAGCUUUUUUUCCCUCUUUAUGGGGUUGUCUUUUAUUUUUUGUUUAUGAUUAAAAUGUAUGGUUUUUAUUAACAGUCCUCUCUGAUAUAUCCAACCUGUGUAUCCUGGACAUUUUGUCCUAGGAUCUUUCUUUUUUUUUUUUUUUAUUGAUGACUUCACUUGAACAGACUGCUGUUAAUAACAUUUUGAUCUCUCAGCUGCUCUAGCUGGAUAUAUAAACGGGAGUUGAAUUCUGGAGUUUAGUCGCUCUGUUCUCCCAUCAUGCUGCGUUUAUACUAUACACUGCUGUGGUCAUUCUCCAUUCCCAGUAAGGAGAGGGAGGUUCUGAGAAUUGAUGGGUGGAAAGUUUCACUGAUGUAACUUAGUUUGGCACAAGCCAUGGACUCUUGUACAUCUGCCCCAUUUGUCAGCCUAUCGACUGUUGGCAUGCAGCUGCCUUUGUAACGCCUCUUGGUUCAACAUGUCUCUACAUUACUAAAUAACUACGUGGGGCUUUGCUAAUUGUUCUGAAUAUACAAGUUAAAUGAUCGCAAAAUGACUUCAGGGGCAGAUAGGGCACAUGAUUGCUCUAUUGCGCUACACAAGUCAUUGCUGUGUAAACAAGGCAUUCCUUGGAUCAUUACGGUACAGGCUUAAAUGUUUGCUUAUCAUAAUUGUCUUAAUCAUCUGCUUGUCUUUGAUCUUGCAGUUCGAUGAAGGUCGGAAUAACUUUGAAGGAGAAGUAAAGAAAGAGGAAGUCUUGAGCUUCAUAAAGUCUAACCAGCUGCCUCUGGUUAUUGAAUUUACCGAGCAGGUGUGUUUUGUCGCAAAACUAUGUCUUCACGUGUUUUUUGCCUAUAUUGGAGACUCUUAUAUGAACAGCAUGUCCUUCUUUUUAGACUGCACCAAAGAUCUUCGGUGGAGAGAUAAAGACACACAAUUUGUUCUUCCUGCCAAAAAGUUCCCCUGACUAUCAAGAAAAACUUGACAAUUUCAAGAAAGCUGCAUCAAACUUCAAGGGAAAGGUGAGCCACGAGUUGACUUCUCUUUAAUCAAGAUAGUUACCAUAUUGUGAAACAUGAAUGCUCUAUCACUAUUCAAACCUAUACAGAUAAUUAAAAGCUUUAACUUUCUUUGCAGAUUCUCUUCAUCUUCAUUGAUAGUGAUCACACAGAUAACCAGCGUAUUCUGGAGUUCUUUGGUCUUAAGAAAGAAGAGUGUCCUGCUGUUAGGCUAAUUACACUGGAGGAAGAGAUGACCAAAUACAAGCCUGAGUCAGAUGACUUGUCUGCUGAUAAAAUCAAGGAAUUCUGUGACCUGUUCCUGCAGGGCAAGAUUAAGGUGAGUUUGGCUAUUGGUGUCCUAGGCAUGACAUCCAUAGGUGGUGGAAGCUGCCAGUGAGAUUCCUUGUGGACAGUUCUUCUAGGGAACUUUUUUAAUUGCAUGGCCGCUGUCACCUUCAGACAAAUUAGAUUGGGUGCUGUAUGUCGGUGCUCAGUAAUUCCAGGCAUAACAAAACAUUGACCAAUGUGAUUCUGGUGUUAAUGCCUCUUAUGUCUCUCUAACUUAGCCCCAUCUAAUGAGUCAAGAUAUACCCGAAGAUUGGGACAAGAGCCCAGUGAAAGUCCUGGUGGGCAAGAACUUUGAAGAAGUUGCCUUUGAUGAGAACAAGAAUGUGUUUGUUGAAUUCUGUGAGUUCUAGAUUUCUUUAGAAUUAGAGGAUUAGCCCCAUUCUGCUUGGUUCUGUGCUUUACAUUGUGUUGCUCAUAUUCCAGAUGCCCCUUGGUGUGGUCACUGCAAACAACUGGCUCCAAUCUGGGAUCAACUAGGAGAGAAGUACAAGGACACAGAUAAUAUUGUCAUAGCAAAGAUGGAUUCCACAGCUAAUGAGAUUGAAGCUGUUAAAAUUCACAGCUUCCCCACCUUGAAGUUCUUCCCAGCUGGGGCAGAGAAGAAGGUAUGUAAAGACACUUUCCAAAACUCUAAAUUCCUGUCAUUAAACUCGUCUGUUUCACUGACCAGCUCUGCACUUUUAAAAUCUAAUUUAGGUGGUUGACUAUAAUGGAGAGAGGACACUAGAAGGAUUCUCGAAGUUCUUGGAAAGCGGUGGGCAGGAUGGUCAGGCAGAUGAGGUAGGGGUUGUUUCAAACAAAUUGUGAUUACUGUUACUCUUUGGAUCUGUCCCCAAAGUGCCUUAGGGAAGAACAAUUUAACAUUAAUGAAUGUUUGUUUAUGGUGGAGUUCAAGAACUUGCAAGAUUAAGCAUUACACUAAUCAAAAAAUUGCAAAUUUGUUUAAUCAUUCAAUGUAAGGAAGCUGCAGAUCUGAAACUUAGCUAAAGCUAAUUUCAAGCUUGGCCAUUUUGGCACAAUGUGGCAUUCAACACUUCACAAGCUAGUUGGUUUUUUUUUUUGGUUUUUUUACUUUUCUACUGCAUAUGAUAUGUUAUGUCGAUCAGCAUAUUUACCAUUGCUGCCUAGGCUGUAAACGGAAAUCUUAAUCCUUGGAUUUCAUUUUUCCAUCCAAUGUUACUGACUAGUCUUUGACAAAACUAAAGUUUCUUCUGAGUGACCGCUAAUGGUUAUGCUAUGACCUGCAGAACCUGUCUUAACAAGUGCAUGGAGUGGGCUACAAAGAUCUUGCCAUUUUUAGAAUAGAAAAGCAUAAUGGGAGUUAAAGAAUCUGAGGGUCUAACCCCCGUGAAUUACAGUAAACUAGGUUUAUUGCCCAGUUAAUUCACUAAAGCAUUGGGUGAACAUUGUCGAAUGCCAUGUGCUCUUAACAGUCAGGAAUGAGAAAUGUAAAAUGGACACACUGGGGAAACUUUGUGGUAUGCUACCAGGUGGCUUAUGUAAACUGCAUGUGACCCUUGGCACCGCACUGUAAACACUGGUAAAGCAUUGCAUGCUACCAGGGCAUUCUUUUUAUACAUGGUGGUUAAACCCUGCCUAGGUUUACUUCAGAAACUAUACCUUGAAUGUGGUAGAGAAUGUAAGUGCUGUUUCUAACUACUGCUCCUGUUGCAGGACCUGGAGGACUUGGAAGAUGCAGAGGAGCCAGACUUGGAAGAGGAAGAUGAUCAGAUAAAGAGAGAUGAAUUAUAGGAAUAUGCAGUAAUAUUUCAGCAGCCAGAGGACACUAAGAGGGGCGGAGACAACACUCUACACUGUCGGAGCUCUGAAUGCAGGGAAACUUUAUUUUCAUCAAUCUGUAUGUUAGGGUUUUUGGUUUGGGGGGAUAAAGGGGCCUUGGUGUUAACGGUCAGCAGAGUUUAUUUUUCACUGUGAGGUUUUUUUAACACUUGACUUUUUAUUUUAUUUUUUGAUGUAAAGUUUGGCACUUGUUGUGGCUUCCUGUAUUGUCCUAUCUGUAACUUUAUUGUGAGCUUUUUUUUUCCUGUAGCUGGAUGAGACUUCCACGCAUGGCUCGUUCCCCUUAAAGGACCUUGUUCCUUUUGGGCUCUUUUUCAAUGUUUCUCCUGUAGCGGAAGCUGCUGGUAUUCCCCCCUGCCUCCCCAUUGCCCCAGUCCUUUUGGGUCUAUACCCUAUGGCCGUUAUUUCAGUAUUUGAUGCAGUCAGGAGGAGCGGGAGAGCCUCCCAAUCUUAACACUACUCAACUCCUCUGCAGUGUUCAGCCCUCACUAAAUUUUCUGCGGUACAGCUUUGUAUAAACGCAGCUGUUUUCUUGUCCUGUCCGCCGAGAACCAUUUUCCGAGAGCAACUUUAUGACACAUUUGUCUAUGGACACACAGUAUGAGAAUCCGUCUGAAUGAAGAAACAUUCCAUCAUUAAAGUUGGAACACAAAGUCUUGGCCAAAUAAAAACAAUUUUAAUAAAAUGAUUGUCCCUUGUUUUGAAGUCUCUCUGCACAAAAGAAAACAGCCAGGAAGGGAAAUCCUUCUGUAAUGUUCAACUUCAUGUACUUCUUAUUCACCAAACAACUUAUGCUCAUUAGUUUGGGCAUAAACU